GGGGCUAGGGCAGGACGUGCCGGCGCCUAUAAGAGACAGAGCGCUGCGGCCGGAGCCUAUUGUUAGCCGGAGCCGGGGCGGUUCUGGGCGUCUGCUGCUGGGGGCGCCAGAGUUGCCGGAGCCGCCCGGCCCUCUCUGCCUGCCGGCCGGGCUGCCCAUCGCCCUCCCUCCCCGCCCUGCCGCCCUGGGAGCUCCCCGGCCGUCGCCGCGGGGCCCCGGACUCGCUCGCUCCUCCCUUCUUCCCACCCGGGCUAGGGCGGCGGCGGCAGCGGGGGCGGCAGAGACCAUCACGGGAGGAGGCAGCUGCGGCGGGGCCGGUAAUGGGCCUAGGGGUGCGGGGCGGAGGGUGCCGCCUCGUCCUUUCUCGGGAUCGGCCCUCGGGCGGCCGUGGAGGAGUGGUCAAGCCCAGAGCCGUGCGGAUGGAGGGAAUCCUAAUGUACCUGGCUAGCUGGUGGUGAACAGGGGCUUUGGGGCCAACUUGGUGGGCUCCCCAAGGAAACCCCUUUGAAACCAAUGGAUGCAUUCACGGGCUCGGGUCUCAAGAGGAAGUUUGAUGAUGUGGAUGUGGGCUCAUCAGUUUCCAACUCAGAUGAUGAGAUCUCUAGCAGUGACAGUGCUGACAGCUGCGACAGCCUCAAUCCUCCUACCACUGCCAGCUUCACACCCACAUCCAUCUUGAAGCGGCAGAAGCAGCUGCGGAGGAAGAAUGUACGCUUUGACCAGGUGACUGUAUACUACUUUGCCCGGCGCCAGGGUUUCACCAGCGUGCCCAGCCAGGGUGGUAGCUCUUUGGGCAUGGCUCAGCGCCAUAACUCUGUACGGAGCUACACACUCUGUGAGUUUGCCCAAGAACAGGAGGUAAACCAUCGAGAGAUUCUGCGUGAGCACCUGAAGGAAGAGAAACUCCACGCCAAGAAAAUGAAGCUGACCAAGAAUGGGACGGUGGAGUCGGUGGAGGCCGAUGGUCUGACACUGGAUGAUGUAUCAGAUGAAGAUAUUGAUGUGGAAAAUGUGGAGGUGGAUGAUUACUUCUUCCUGCAGCCUUUGCCCACCAAACGGCGACGGGCUCUGCUGAGGGCUUCUGGGGUCCACCGCAUUGAUGCUGAAGAGAAGCAAGAACUUCGAGCCAUCCGCCUGUCUCGGGAAGAAUGUGGUUGUGACUGCCGACUGUAUUGUGACCCAGAAGCGUGUGCCUGCAGCCAGGCUGGGAUUAAAUGCCAGGUGGAUCGCAUGUCCUUUCCGUGUGGCUGCUCCCGGGAUGGCUGUGGGAACAUGGCUGGGCGCAUUGAAUUUAAUCCAAUCCGGGUCCGGACUCAUUAUCUCCACACCAUUAUGAAGCUGGAGCUGGAGAGCAAGCGACAGGUGAGCCGCCCAGCAGCCCCAGAUGAGGAGCCCUCCCCCACUGCCAGUUGCAGCCUGACUGGAGCACAGGGCUCUGAGACCCAGGACUUCCAGGAGUUCAUUGCUGAGAAUGAGACAGCAGUGAUGCACCUGCAGAGUGCAGAGGAACUGGAGCGGCUCAAGGCAGAAGAAGAUUCCAGCGGCUCUAGUGCCAGUCUGGACUCGAGCAUCGAGAGCCUGGGUGUGUGCAUCUUGGAGGAGCCCCUGGCUGUCCCCGAAGAGCUGUGCCCAGGCCUUACAGCCCCCAUUCUCAUCCAGGCUCAGCUGCCCCCAGGCUCCUCUGUCCUAUGCUUUACCGAGAACUCAGAUCACCCAACUGCCUCAACGGUGAAUAGCCCAUCCUACUUGAACAGUGGGCCCCUGGUCUAUUAUCAAGUGGAGCAGAGGCCAGUCCUGGGAGUGAAGGGAGAGCCUGGUACAGAAGAAGGCUCAGGCUCCUUCCCAAAGGAGAAGGAUCUGAAUGUCUUCUCUCUCCCUGUUACCUCACUGGUGGCUUGUAGCUCCACAGACCCAGCUGCCCUCUGUAAAUCAGAGGUGGGGAAAACACCCACCCUAGAAGCGCUAUUGCCCGAAGAUUGUAACCCUGAGGAUCCUGAAAAUGAAGACUUCCGCCCUUCCUGGUCUCCCUCAAACCUCCCCUUCCGCACAGACAAUGAAGAGGGCUGUGGGGUGGUGAAGACCUCUCAGCAGAAUGAGGAUCGGCCCCCUGAAGAGUCUUCCUUAGAACUCCCUCUGGCAGUGUGACAGGUCCUGGAGGUCCUGCCUCUUACCCAUUCUCUAUUUAUUCCCUUAUUUUAUCUAACGCCAUUUCAAAACAAAACUGUAGAAGCAGCUGCUGCUCCCAUGUUGUUAUUGGGGUCUUUGGGGAAUGGGUGGGAAAGGAUUGUUUGAGUAUUUUUUAAAAGGGAAACAGUACCAAGGAGACCAGCCCCAGCUUGACCUGGGGAUAGUCUUGGGCAGAGAAGGCUGCAUAGUGCUGAACACUGAGCUUUCUGGGCCACUGGAAGAAAGAACUAGGAUCUCACAGAAGAAGCUGGGUAACUCAAGCAGCUCUUCUUUCUAUAGGGACCAGAACAUGAGAUUUGAAGAGCAUGGCAAAGCCCCUUGUCUCCCAAGCCCCAGCAGAGUACAAGCUCGUUUUUCUCAGUGGUUAUUCCGAUAUCCCAUUUUGGUAUGUCAUAAUACUUCAACUGGAAAGUCACCUGGUCAAGUCUAGGGAGGAGGGAGUGGAAGGGUCUCUGCUUCUGUACAAAAUCUCCAGGAUUUACAAAAAUUUAACCUGGUGUCCUUCAGUCCCCUAUUUGGUGAAUAAGUUAAUAUUUGACAUGUUUGGUGUUCUCUGACCUGUUCCCCACACUGGGGAUUCCAGGUCUGUAACUUGAAUUGCUUCUUCCACAUGUUCUUUAGUACUAGAGUU